ACUUCACGGUGUUCGUGUCAGCACCUCGGAGCCAGAUGAUGACGAGGACGAGACGAUUGUUCGACGGUGGACCGCGUUAGGGCCUCGGAUUCGAGUCCUCUUUACUUGUCGCUGGGCUCCGGACUGACCUGAGUGCGGUGGACAGCGGCGGGGAACAGGCUCAAAAUAGAGACGAUGAGGAAGCUGGCGAUUUGCCGACCGAUGCCGAGAUUGAAGAGAUGCACAGUCUGAUAUUUGGAUCGGCGGUUGCCGGGAUGAUUUUGAGAUGGCGCCGUUCGACCUGAGCAAGGUUAUGACUGCGCUGGAGGGAAUGAAGGCGGAGAUUGCUAAUAUGGGCGACGAGGGUUCUCGGAGAAAAGCUGCCGCACAGGUCGCACUGGGCCUAGUCUACGGGCUCGAGCAGGCUGAAUAGCAUGGAUACCCCGAUAUUCAAAUACGCGUCCAAGCGCACGUGGUUAUUCAUGUCGUAUCUGAUUGAUGGCAGACCAGGCACGAGCGUGAUUCUGCAUUCUUGGCCAACAAAAAGUCAGACUGCUUCGCAUCUCCGAACCCGCCUACACCCGCUGAACCCUGCGAUGGGCAAAGCAUCCGCAGUCUACACCACUCACUAGCCAUCCAUCCUUGUCUCAAUCGCCGCUCCUGUACUUCAUCUGUACAUUCCUGACACACACGACCACCGAGCCUACGCCGCUUAGUUCAUGUCCUCACGGCGACCUGCCACAAGUCCAGGCCCGGGAGGCAAUCCCGUCCCCACAAAAGCCGCUAGCGCUGAUGGCACGCCAAGUUCCGCCAUGAAACCACCACUACAAAAGCGUCACUCGACCUAUACAUUCACUACGCCCACACUAGAUCACCCUUCUCCAGCCGUAGCUCCGCCUCGUCCCCCGCGCAAUCCUGCCCGGAGCCCCGUCCCUGCAUCCCGACAAGUCAAGAAGCCGCAGCGGCCAUCUACAGCCACGGGGGCCGCGAGGAGGUCACGCCCUGGGAGUUCUUCCCGGCGAAUAUACCCCUGGACGGUUUACCAUUGAACGGGUCCGACAACAUCGUUGAAGUCGCAACAGGGAAACGUGAGGACGUUUUGCCUUGGGAACUGUUUCCAGCCCCGUUAUAUGAUGUCGGCGCCGCUUCUAAGCCGAUAGACAAUGCGUCACACGCUCCAAACAACGGCACCCCCAAUGUCCACACCCCCCAUUACCGCCAGCCGCGGCCAUCAGGAUCCUCUGGCCAUGGGUCCAUACUCUCGGAUAUAUCGCGCAUCCGGCGCCGCAAAAGCACAGGAGCGAAACCACCGAUUGCAACACCUGUUGCCACACCCACUACGAGCCACUUUGCCUCUCCUCCCCGCGUGUCUACAUCGGAUUCUUCGAACGGCCACCUACAACGCAGACGCGAAUCCCACUCCCCGAGACUCCUCCACAAAAACGCCCUCCGCAGCCACUGUUCGACCACCUGUGUCAACAAGCACCGUCAGCGGUCCGGAGUCCGUAUCACAUUCCGCCGACAUCCCUUCUGCCGAGAAGACUCCCACCGUGGAUUCGCAUCUUGACAAGCCACAUCUGGCAGAAGAUCUCAAGUUCUCUACGGCUGAUCGAACCAUUCUCAAGGAACUCAAGAGGAACAUCAGUGCACGCGCAGCUCAGUUCGUGAUCAAAGGCGGCCUCGAUGACCGCAGCGGCUACCAGCCGGGAGGGGCGAGCUUCAUGCGGAUGGGCGCGAAACAUCACGCGUUCGACCAUGACGAGGUUCCCUAUCCUCGCAGCUAUGCACGGGAGGUUCUCGACCUCGAUGUCUGGGAGACGAUGGCCUGCCAGCGCAUCUGCAACAGCCUCACCUGGCAUGUUUUUGAGGAACCACCAACCCGAAUAUUAGACAUCGGUUGUGGGACUGGCACCUGGGUAAUGAACUGUGGUGUUGCUUGGAAGGAUUCUCAUUUCGUUGGUCUGGAUGUCGUGCCUCUGCAUCCCGAUCUCGGAGCAUCUGAACUUGCGACCCGGAUAACUUGGGUGCAAGCGAAUUUCCUCGAAGGACUGCCAUUCCCGAAUGACGAGUUUGAUUUUGUACAUAUCAAACGCAUCGCGCUCGGAGUGCCGGAAGACAAAUGGGAUUCCUUGUUUGAAGAGAUUGUCCGGAUAUUGAAGCCAGGAGGAGCAUUCGAGUUCAUUGAGGAGGACUUGUUUUUCCCUGGCAAGACUUGUGAAGACGAAAACGCAAGCGAUAACGACGAUGUUAGGUCUGAUACUGUUUCUGAAAUGAGAUAUGCCCCGCCACCGUCAGACGGGUCGGAUCUCGAAGACGAUGCGUCGGUCAUAACUGGCUCGGGCGGUUCUCGAGUCUCAUAUGAUGGAACGCCAAACACAAGCGUGGGAGCAAUCCCAGAAGAGGAUGAGGUCCCCAAUAGACCGUACCGACAUUCUUAUCAAGUACUGUCUACCGCUCAAGCGGGCCAGACUUAUGGCCCCUCUGGAUCGGCCAACUCGCUUGAAACGGACAAGAAGGGCAAACCGCGAGGGUACUCGACUUCCACCUUGCCUACGUCCGCAAACUACCGGCACCCAUCGGAGCUUUUGCCUCCUGCCCGGCCCGCGAAUGUCCCUUUCUUGCACCGACCACUGGCCCAAGCACCUCCCAAUCCGCGAGAUCAUUCUACUCUGGAGCGGAUCUACAAUGAGAUGAAUGCAUCGCGGUUCAUCAAUCUGUCCCCGUUGUCGCUCUUGGCCAAUUUGGUCGGUCUGUACUUCAAGGAUGUUCGGACCCAUCCUCCAUUGCAAUUUGCAUUUCCUCCAGCGGCAGCUGUUCCGGCAGCUGAGUCGGAUUCUUCCGACUCGGACGACGCGCGAGAUGCGAUUGUCGCUCGCCCUCGACGCGAGUCAUUGCCUGCGCCAGCGCCAUGGGGCGAGGAUCGAUUUGUGGGGACACGAGAUCUGCUUAAGCGGGAGUCGCGGUACAUUAGCUUGGACGACUCUCGGAUGUCUGCGCUCUCUCCGGCUGCACACUCGUCGUUUGCGUCCCGGUCUCCUGUGGCGCGGCCUGCUCUGAAUCGGCUGCCGAAUUCGACCCUGAACAUCGAUGUGCAGAGCCUCAAUAUGCAUCUCGGGCUGCGGAUGGCUGAAGUUCUCGCGUGCUCGGAAUCCAUGUGGGAAUGGAUUCUGUCGUACCAGGUGGGAGUUCGGCGUGACCGCGCGGCGGGCAGACCCAGGACAGGGUCGCUUGCUAGCGAGAUUGGGGGCCGGCGCUCGUCUCGGCUUCCUCUGGUUGUGAGCGACCCGGAGACGGCUGCAUUCAAGAAUGACGUGCUCGACCUUACCCGGGAGGAUUUCGAUGCAUUGCUAGUCCGGUUCGAGAUGGAUAUGAAAGAGCAGAUGGCCUUGGGCUCUGUGCUGCGCAACGAGUUUGGAUGGCCGUGCCAGCCGCUGGCGCCUUCUCAGGACCGAAAAGUGUUUAUUACAUCCUGCGAGCGAUGGGACCAGUGGCAGCAAAGGAAUCAGCGCAGGUCCAGGUCUCCAUAUCAAGUCGACGGCUGGGACGUCGCGAGCUCUCCUCCUCUGCCGCCGGAGCAAAGACUCAGCCGCUCCAUGGGCGUGUUCGUUGCCUGGAAACCGCUAUGACAGUGCACUGCCACCCCCAAAGCAGUACGACCGGAAGUAUCUCGCCGACAGCCCAAGCAAUCGAUACUUUCCUUUUCUAUCAUCUGGCGUUGAGGCUUCUAUCCUUAUUUGUAUCUGCUAUGUAGCGCAUACUCAAAGUGUUACUACUAACUUGAUGACAUCUCACGACUUGUUGUAAUCUUCCCCAUGUAAUAAGUAGUAAACAUCUGAACCCGCACCCAACUCGUGUGCUGUUCGAUUGCAAUAUCUGUCGAAUGUAUUCGCGGAGCACCCCAUUUCCAAAUAAC